AUGGGAAAUCUUGGUGAUCUGUCACCCCAGGGUAGUGUCGCGGUCGGAGUAAUAGUCGGCUUGAUUUCGACCAGUCUCCAAGCCAUCGGGUUGACACUACAGCGCAAAUCGCAUAUACUCGAAGACGAGAAACAUCCCUAUGACAUACGAAGACCACCAUAUAAGCGUCGAAGAUGGCAGCUAGGAAUGCUAAUGUUCGUUGUUUCGAACAUUGUGGGAAGUACCAUCCAAAUCACUACGCUUCCGCUUCCAGUGCUCUCAACUCUUCAAGCGUCGGGGCUGGUCUUCAACACCAUCUUCGCCACUUUAAUCCUCGGCGAAGCGUUCACCAGGUAUUCCUUUAUCGGCACGAUCCUGGUCUGCAUUGGUGCAGUUUUGAUAGCUGUAUUUGGUGCUAUAGGGGAGCCGGCGCAUAGUCUGGAUCAAUUGCUGGAGCUUCUUCAGCGACGCAAUUUCGUACUUUGGAUGGUGGGGACAGCCGUCAUUGUGCUGGUCAUUCUGCUCGGCUCGAAAUCGCUCAAGUCCCUCACCUCUCCGCACCGCUCAAGGCAUACAAGUAUUCGACAUACCUAUACUCCGCAUAUACCAAUGGCCCCAAGCCGUGUCAGGCUGAUCCGUGGUCUAUGCUAUGGUCUGAUCAGUGGCAUUUUGUCGGCUCACUCCUUACUUUUAGCGAAGUCAGCUGUCGAGCUUCUUGUCCGAACGAUUGUGGAUCGUGUGAAUCAGUUCAAUCGAUGGCAGUCAUGGGUGAUUCUGCUCGCAAUGAUCUCCCUUGCACUGACGCAAUUGUACUUCUUACACCGUGGCUUGAAGCUGUGCAGCACGAGCAUUCUUUAUCCUUUUGUAUUCUGCAUCUACAACAUCAUCGCUAUCCUUGAUGGGUUGAUCUACUUUCGCCAACUGUCCCAGCUGGCAGGCUUCCACGCUGGCCUGAUUGCUCUCGGAACGGUCGUUCUGCUAAGUGGAGUGCUCUGUCUCUCGUGGCGAUUGGAGAUUAUCGACAGCCAUGCGUCUGUGACCGUCGUUGGCCCUUCUCAAACCGGAUUGGGUCCCGGUAUGGCUGUUGUUGAAGAAAACCCGCGUUCUCCUCGAGAAGUUGGCGGAGACGACGAAGAAUUGCACAUCGGAGAGCGGCAACCGCUUUUGCAGACAACCCACCCGCCGCAGGGGUCCCCUCAUCGCCGGACGCCAAGUCUACCUUUGUUUUCAUCCAUUCCUCAACAAACCCCCACUGCGGACAUGGACCCAGCCUCCAUCUGGGCCGAGCUGGAUGACUCAGACUACGAAUACACCGGUACAGGUCCCCACUGGCAACCCCGUCCUCGAAGCAGCACCCUGAGAGGAAGUGUUCUCCAAAGCCCGGCUCAGUCUACAAAGGACACCACCAGCGAAGAACUUCAGUCCCGGGCCCCGACAAUCGACGAUCCCUCCAAAAACGACGCACCUACUUUGGCCCUUUCCCAGGUAACCACUCAAUUCGCUCCAUCGGCUACGGCACAUCGGGUGAGUGCGAGCACGAAUGUGAACGAGAAGGAUCCGAUCGCCACGUCUCACCGAGUAGCGGUCGCGAACCGCUCCAAUUCUCGGCCACUUCAUCCAGCGGUGGCCCCCUUGCAGGCUCGAGAAACACCCUAG